AUGCCGAAGCCACUCGUUAACUCCUGCUGCAUGUGCCAGUCGACACGCAAUGGCUCAGUUAUAUCCGGAGUCCUGGCCAUUGUGCUAUCCAUAAUCACGAUAAUUGUGAUAUUCACAACACGUGUGCACUUCAAGACAAUUAUCUUCGAUUUUAUACCAAACGAUAUAGUAAAAAUCAUACUGGUGAUAAAUCUAUGCAUGACAAUAUUAAUUUCAUUGCUGAUGAUCGCUGGCGUUCUCAAACGCAAUCAUUACCUGAUGGUUCCUUGGGUGGUGCUGGGCAUAUUGAUUGCCAUUGGCCUGCUGAUAUCUGUAAUCUACACGGGCGUUGUCUUCUUCAUCGAUGGUUUUGUACUCACGGGCGUUCUGUGGCUGAUCUUCGGCCUGAUUUGUUGUGCUGUGCUCACAUAUUGUUGGUGCGUCGUUUAUAGCGAAUACGCAAAUCUGGCCGAGGAAAGCGAACGUGGACGUUACAACAAGCAGCCCUAUCGUCGUUGAUUGCCCGGUCGCACCAUCCAGUCACGGCUGAUACACCAUAUGCAUCUUAUCUGUUAGUUGAUAAUACUAAAACUGCUUAUGUUCGUAAUUAGCUCAUAUGUUUAACUAAUAAUUUUAAUUUAAUUAUUUAAAAAUGCGUGCCCAACUUGGCAUAGACGAAUACAUAUAGCUUAAGUAAAUAAAAUGUAUGGGGCCCGUAGUAAGUGCAAUCGAAUUACUUAACAUUUACAAUUAUCUAGCAUCACUGUCCACUAAUUUUUGUUGUAAUUUUUGUAUUGAGAAAGUAAUGUUGUUAACACGUAAAUAAAACAAUAAAAAAUG